AUGGGGUGCGAAAAGGAAGGCAGCGAUGAAGUCACUUACAGUUUGCAAUUCAGCUGUCAUGUGGAAGUCUGUAGUAGGUUUAAAAGAGAAUUGAAUAAAAAAAGUUUCUGUGUGGAUGAAUAUAAACUACCUAAAUCAUACACAUUUGCUGAUGCAGAAGAAAUUUCAGUGCUUAGGUCUGGAGGGAAUCACUACCUAUUUCUCUGGGAAUUGUACCAUGGAAGAUGGCAAACUGGCCCAAGACUUUCUGGACUCACAGAACCUCAGUGUGUACAACACCUGGCUCUUCAAAGAGGUCGAUGGAGAAGGGAAGCCCCACUACGAGGUGUAGCUGGCUUCUGUGCUGGGCAAAGAGCCUUCCCUGCACUCCGAGGUGAUUCCAAGCUGAAGAGCUAUGAAUUCUGGGGAAGCUCUUUCCAGGUGACUUGGGGGAACUACAUGCCCAUCCUCCAGAAGGUGGUGGAGCAGCUGGAGAAAGCCAAUAUGUAUGCAGCCAACAGCCAUCAGGAGCAGAUGUUGGCCCAGUACAUGGAGAGCUUCACCCAGGGCUCCACAGAGGGCCACAAGAGGGGCUCCCGUUUCUGGAUCCAGGACAAAGGCCCCAUUGUGGAGAGUUACAUCGGGUUCAUCCAGAGCUACCGUGACUCCUUUGGUUCCCGAAGAGUAUGUGAAGGCUUCGUAGCUGUUGUGAACAAGGCCAUGAGUGCCAAGUUUGAGUGGCUGUUGGUGAGCGCAGAGCAGCUGCUGAAGGAGUUGCCGUGGCCCCCAGCGUUUGAGAAAGACAAGUUCCUCACCCCUGACUUUACCUCCGUGGAUGUUCUCACCUUCGCUGGCGCUGGCAUCCCUGCUGGCAUCAACAUCUCCAACUACAAUGACCUGAAGCAGACGGAAGGCUUUAAGAACGUGUCACUGGGGAACGUCCUGGCUGUGGCCUAAGCCAAGCAGUGGGAGAAGCUCACCGUUCUGGAGGAGAAUGACAAGGACUACUUGUACAUCCUCCUGAUGGGGCCCUCCUUCGAUGUGCAGGUGGGCCUGCACGAACUGCUGGGCUAUGGCAGCGGCAAGCUCUUCAAGCAGGAUGAAAAAGGAGCAUUCAACUUGUUUGAAUAUGUGAGACUGAUGAACCCAGAGACCAGAGAGCAGAUUCAGAGCUGGUAUCGGAGCGGGAAGACCUGCGACAGCAAGUUCAGCAUCGUCGUCUCCAGCUACGAAGAGUGCCGGGCUGAGAGCGUGGGCCUCUACCUCUGUCUCCACCCGCAAGUGCUGGAGACCUUUGGCUUUGGUGGGGGUGCUGAUGCGGAGGAGGUGAUCUCCGUGAACUGGCUCAACAUGGUUGGGGCUGGGCUGCUCGCUCUGGAGUUCUACACACCUGAGGCCUCCAACUGGCAGCAGGCCCAUAUGCAGGCCCGGAUUGUGAUCCUGAGAGUCUUGCCGGAGGCUGGCGAGGGACUCGGUACCAUCACUCCCACCGCAGGCUCCUAUGGGCGCCCGGAUGCCCAGGUCCGUCUCGACCGCAGCAAGAUCCAGUCUGUGGCCAAGCCUGCCUUAGAGCGCUUCCUGCGGAUGCUGAAGUCCACAGGGGAUGCGGCCGGAGGGUGGGCCCUGUAUGAGAGGUAUGCGGCAGUCGCUGAUGCGCCCCCCGAGGGCUUUCUCACCCUCAGACACAGGGUGCUGCUGCGUAAGGAAUCUCGGAAGCUCAUCGUUCAGCCCAACAUUCGCCUUGAAGGCUCAGACGUGCAGCUUCUGGAAUACGAGGUCUCAGCUGCUGGCUUCAUCAGAUCCUUCUCUGAGCGUUUCCCAGAGAAUGGACUCGAGUUGGAGGACAUCCUCACACAGCUGGCAACAGCCGACGCCCGAUUCUGAAAGGGCCCCAGUGAGGCCCCAUCUGGCCAGGCUUGUGGAAGACGUGUGUGGCCUCUCCCCCAACUGCAUCAAACCAAGGCUGCAAGUGGCCCUCCAUUCGUGUGUGUAUUUAGGGGCUGGGGAGGGGGAGGGGCAGGAGCUUGGACCUUGGUACUACCUCAGCUGAGGGUGGUGACGCUAACCCCUUCCAUUUGUCAGCACCUUCCAGCUUGCCAAGUGCUUCCCCUCUGUGAACUCAUUUCAUAUGCACUGCCAUAUGUGGAGUGAGCAAGACAGGGUUCACCAUCCCGUCUACCAGAUGAGGAAAUGGCAGUUCUGAGAAAUCACCGGUCUAGAUCCUGUAGAUGACAUGUGACAGCUAGGGUUCAAAACGUUCUCACCAAAUCCAAUGCUCCUCACGUAUUAAUUUUAUAACCAGACAAAUAAAUAUUAGAG